CUCGCACCGAGGCAGGGAUCUCGAUGACCCCGCCGACUCCGACUACCCCAUUCCGCGCCGAACUGCUCACUGCAGCCCGUACCGCCCAUCCUAGAUCUGCUUGCAUUGUCCCUAAACUAUCCCCAUCAUCUACUAUAGUCUGCACCCGUUCUACCCAGGCGUUUACCCUACAGUACAGACAAAAUGUGGGGGCCAGCCUCCUAUCUCCUGCCACUCAAUGUCCUGACACGCUAGCACCCCUUUUUGCAAUUCACAGUUAGCUGGUAGACAAUACAUUCCGAGCCAAUCUCCUGUGCGAUUAAUCGACAAUUCAUUUCUCUUAUUUCUUCGCCAAGCCAAGACAUGAUGACCACACGUCCGCCCCUCCGCCUGCAUUUUUACCAUCUCAGCCCAGCAAGGGAAGGCGCGAGAAGAGACAGUGUCUAGACACGCCACCUGACACGCAGGAUGAGAGGUCAACUAUCGAAUGCUCUCCCAGCCCCGUCGCCAUUGUUAAGACACGCAAUGGAAAAAUAUCAGCAGUCAAUUGCAUCCGACAGAAAUCGUGAUAUUAGCCAGGACUGGCAGGCUACUAAUACCCAAAGACCGUUUCAGCCAGAGCUUGUACGCGCUAAAAUUGUCAGGGUAAUGGAAUCUGUUCCAUUCAAUGAAGACCAGGGGGUUUACACAGCUCGAAAUCCUCUUAUUUAUCGGGUACGCAGCCUUAUUCGCACUCAAGCUGUAGGAUGUUCGCUUUGCGCUUUCUAUGAGUGGGGUCCAAUCGUCGAAACACAUAAGCUCAAACGCUGUUCACAUCGAGACGCCCUGGUCUUGACGGACGAGAAGGAUACAAGAACGAAAACGCGACAGCAACACAUGGGGAGACGUUUUUUGGUACUUGCAUACAGCUAGUUAGAAAAUUCUGCCCGUCUGAACAGCCCUUUGAUGACCGUGCAUCUUAUCUCACUAUGGGGCUGUUAUCGAUAAGCAUUCGGUAAGAAGGGCUACCAUUCCGCCUUGGGUUAAUGUGCCAUUACAG